CCAGUCUUUUACGCGUACUAUUGGCCCAGCGUCGUCCUGGUUUGGCUGAUGCAGGCCGUUAUUGUAAAUAAUAUUGUUUUUAACUGACUUGCUUAGUUCAAUAAAAUACGGGGAAAAAGCGCGAUCAUAAUGGGAUAUAAAGAGCAGCUGUUGCUUCACAAGGCAAGCUUUGAAGAGGGGUGAUAGCCAAAACCUAAAAGAAUAGAGGAGAGAGGAAUACCAAACAACUGCAUACAAUACCAAUACCCCCAUCCAAGAUGAGGCGAGCCAUCCGCGGAGGGGACGAGACCGCUCCUCCCCGUCAGAACGGUGUGCCGGGGGGUAAAGGUGACGGCAGGGCAGCGGAGCGUGGGGACGCAGCAGCCGCCGGCGCUGAUGAUGAUGAGGCCGGGUGCAGCCCAGCAGAAAUGCAGGAUGAGGACAAUGAUCCGGCGCGGAGGAGAGAGAUCAGGAGCAAGUACAGGGACCUCAUCAACUCUGUUCAACAGAACAGAGAGGACAUGUUGAGUCCCACCAACAACAAACUGACAGAUGUGUUGGAGGAGGCUAACAAACUGUUUGCAGAAGUCCGUCAGGCCCGUGAAGCAGCUCUCGACGCUCAGCUCCUGGUGCUGGCUACAGACCUGGGGAAGGAGAAGGCCAGCCAGCUACACGCUGAGGGAUCAGCCUUCGAUCCCUCAGCCUUCGCCGAACACCUGUUGUCGUUCAUGGGUUUGAAUCGCCUGGAGGAUGAAGAUGAGGAGGAGGAGGGUGGUGGUGUGAGCAGUGGCUACCUCCCCCAGGACGCGUGGCAGAGGGUGGCUACUAGAGCUCAAUGCUGCUUCAGGACUGCUCCCUCCUUCCACUACAUGAUGGGAUCUUUCCUGGCUGAGUUACCUCCGCCUCGCCAGAGGGUAGAGAGACAGAGGAAAGUUCCCGGGAGGGAAGCCAAGAGGAUCAUGCCCACUCAGUUGAGGAGGAUGGAGGAGUCUCACCAGGAAGCUACAGAGAAGGAGGUAGAGAGGAUUCUGGGAUACCUGCAGGGCUACUUCAACGACGACCCCACAUCUCCCAUCUCCUACUAUGAGUUUGUCAUAGACCCCACCUCCUUCUCCCGCUCGGUGGAAAAUAUCUUCCACACCUCCUUCCUGGUCAGGGACCGAAGGAAAAAAUGUGUAAUCAAAACUGAUACUUAGAUGUAAAAUGAAUUUGGUUGGAGGUAAGGGAUUCUUGUUUGUAUUAUUUAUCUUACAUGUAUAAGGUGCCAACAGGGUAAACAUUGACAUUCAACCAGUUUUAAAAAAGAAACAAACGGAACAUUCUACUCCACUGCAUUGUAAAGUGCAAGGGUGACAGUAUAUUGACUGCAUCUGUAGGUACUACCUACCGUAGUACCUACCGGGGCGGCAGGGUAGCCUAGUGGUUAGAGCGUUGGACUAGUAUCGGAAGGGUUGCAAGUUCAUAUCCCCGAGCUGACAAGAUACAAAUCUAUCGUUCUUCCCCUGUACAAGGCAGUUAACCCACUGUUCCUAGGCCGUCAUUGAAAAUAAGAAUAUGUUCCCAACUGACUUGCCUAGUUAAAUAAAGGUAAAAUAUAAACAUUUAAAAAAUAUGACCCUAGUUGUGUCUGUAGGUAGUAGCUAGCUACCGUAGAUAUGAAAAGACGACUCCCCUGAAGCUUGUUUAUCGUAGAGCAGAACAACCAACACAUUUGUGUUCGUCUCCCCCCCUUUCCAUGUUGGUGACAUUUAGUUUUGUAGUCCGUGGAAGACGUCUUGGAAAUGAGGGCAUCCGAUAGAGAGUCCAGACGACUGCCGUAAAGCUUGUGGAUGGCGCCCAACAAACCGUUGUGUCCACGGGAGUCUCGUAUUUCUAAGGUGGUGACUUAUUAGUUGGAAUAUUAUUUUUUGUCCGGAUCUUCUCAUGUCCGCUGUCGCAAGUCCCAUCUUAUGGAAAAGAAGCAAACUUUAUAGGGGGGAUUGAGUUGCAGCUGCUACAAGAAACACAGGUUACGUACGUAACCGCGGUUACGCGUGCUAUUGCAUCACUCCAAUAUGGUAUCCUUCCGCACAGGCAGGAUACACACGUCAGUCGCGUCUACCGGGUAGUGCUGCGGUUGACCGCCUUUAAAAGCUGCUGCCGCGGCACUACUUCCUUUAUCGAGGCGCCGUAGAUCACUGACAAAGACGAUUGGAGUGAUCGAAUAGCUCACAAAGCCGUGGUUACAUACACUAUUUAUACAAAAGUAUGUGGACAUACCUUUAAAUUAGUGGAUUCGGCUAUUUACAGCCACACCCGUUGCUGACAGGUGUAUAAAAUCGAGAACACAGCCAUGCAA